UAAGGAAGUAACGGUAGUUACGACGGCAAUGUUAGCUCUCCACAUUUUUUUUUGUCCGCACGCGGCAACACAUGUAUGAUUUAUUCUCUAUCUACAAGCUGUGUGUAAGCGUGCGUGAGUUCAAUUUAGCUAGAUCUAUUUAUAUAAAAAUCUAAAAUGGAUAUCUUCUGGAUAUUUAUUUCUUGCAUAAUGGUCCUUGGCCUUUCAAAGAAAACAGACGCUGGAUGUGCACAAGAUCUCCAAAGUGCUCAACAGUUUCAAAUUUGUGUGAUGGGAUAUGGCAUGUUUAUCAUUAAUGCAGUUGAAAAGAUGGACCCUAAUGACCCGAACGCCAUGAUGAACUUAAUGUGCAGCACUGAAGGGAAGCAGAAAAUUGCAUGUGUAUUAACGGCCGUUGACACAUGUCCGGACCUGAUGAAAACCGGAAAUUAUGCAACCAUGCUUCAAAGUCUACAAACAGUGAAACAAAUGGGUGGUGUCGAAGGAAUGUGCAGCAUUAUACAAGGUGGGGUAAUUAUUAAAUAUGUUUAAUAUGUAAGAAAUUAU